AUGUAUUUCCUGAGCGGCUGGCCCAAGAGGCUGCUCUGCCCUUUGGGGAGCCCGGCCGAGGCGCCUUUCCACGUUCAGUCCGACCCCCAGAGGACUUUCUUCGCCGUGCUGGCCCCAGCUCGCCUCAGCAUCUGGUACAGUCGGCCCAGUGUAUUAAUUGUAACCUACAAGGAACCUGCAAAAUCAUCUUCUCAGUUUGGGUCCUACAAGCAAGCUGAAUGGAGGCCAGAUAGUACCAUGAUAGCUGUGUCAACGGCAAAUGGCUACGUCUUGUUUUUUCACAUAACAUCUACAAGAGGGGACAAGUACCUUUAUGAACCAGUGUAUCCCAAGAGACAGGAAAUACACUGUCUGUUAAACCAGAGGGAUUCCAGACACAGAAUAGGAGGAAGCCCACAAAUGAAAGGGACACCCCAUUUUAAGGAAGAACAGUGUGCUCCAGCAUUAAAUUUAGAGAUGAGGAAAAUACUGGAUUUGCAAGCACCCAUCAUGAGUUUGCAGUCUGUGCUGGAAGAUCUCCUGGUUGCUACUUCUGAUGGACUUCUUCAUCUUAUUCACUGGGAAGGAAUGACAAAUGGGAGGAAAGCUAUUAAUCUUUGUACAGUACCCUUUUCAGUAGACCUGCAGUCAUCUAGAGCAGGUUCAUUCCUGGGCUUUGCAGAUGUACACAUUAGAGACAUGGAAUACUGUGCCACACUUGAUGGAUUUGCUGUUGUGUUUAAUGAUGGUAAAGUUGGAUUUAUUACACCAGUGUCAAGUAGAUUUACUGCAGAGCAGCUUCAUGGAGUUUGGCCACAAGAUGUUAUUGAUGGAACUUGUGUAGCAGUAAAUAACAAGUAUCGACUGAUGGCAUUUGGUUGUGCGAGUGGUUCUGUACAGGUUUAUACAAUAGAUAACACCACUGGAGCCAUGCAGCUGUCUCAUAAACUAGAGUUAACAGCAAAACAGUAUCCUGACAUUUGGAACAAAACAGGAGCUGUUAAGUUGGUCAGAUGGUCUCCUGACAAUAGUGUUGUAAUAGUGACCUGGGAAUAUGGUGGCCUUUCUUUAUGGAGUGUAUUUGGAGCCCAGCUGAUUUGUACACUUGGAGGAGAUUUUGCUUAUAGGUCAGAUGGUACCAAAAAAGAUCCCCUUAAAAUCAACUCUAUGAGCUGGGGUGCUGAAGGCUAUCACCUCUGGGUAAUCAGUGGAUUUGGUUCUCAAAAUACUGAAAAUGAGUCUGACUCCAAGAGUAUAGUUAAACAGCCUGGUAUUCUACUGUUCCAGUUUAUCAAGAGUGCACUCACUGUAAACCCUUGUAUGAGUAACCAAGAGCAAGUGUUGCUUCAGGGGGAGGAUCGAUUGUACUUGAACUGUGGAGAGGCCUCACAGAGCCAGAAUCCCAGGAGUUCUUCAGCUCACUCUGAUCACAAAACCCGUCGGGAAAAGAGCCCAUUUGCAGGUGGCGGUUUAGAGUCUCAGAGUUUAAGCACUUUACUUGGUCAUCGGCAUUGGCAUGUAGUGCAGAUUUCCAGCACCUAUCUAGAGAGCAAUUGGCCUAUACGGUUUUCAGCUAUUGAUAAGCUUGGCCAGAAUAUUGCUGUUGUUGGCAAGUUUGGUUUUGCACAUUACUCUUUACUCACCAAAAAAUGGAAGCUUUUUGGAAACAUUACCCAGGAGCAGAAUAUGAUUGUGACAGGUGGCUUAGCCUGGUGGAAUGAUUUUAUUGUCCUUGCAUGUUAUAACAUAAGUGAUCGUCAAGAAGAGCUCAGAGUGUAUUUGCGAACCUCAAAUCUGGACAAUGCUUUUGCUCAUGUCACCAAAACACAAGCAGAAACAUUACUGCUUAGUGUCUUCCGGGACAUGGUAAUAGUUUUUAGAGCAGACUGUUCAAUAUGCCUUUAUAGUAUUGAAAGAAAAUCUGAUGGUCCAAAUACUGCUGGUAUUCAGGUUCUUCAGGAAGUAUCCAUGUCACGCUACAUUCCUCACCCUUUCCUAGUGGUAUCUGUCACUCUGACAUCAGUGAGUACAGAGAAUGGAAUCACCUUGAAAAUGCCACAGCAGGCUCGCGAUGCAGAGAGCAUUAUGCUGAAUCUGGCAGGACAGCUCAUCAUGAUGCAGAGGGACAGGUCCGGCCCUCAGAUCCGAGACAAGGACAGCAGCCCUAACCAGAGGAGGCUUUUGCCAUUCUGUCCUCCUGUUGUACUAGCCCAGUCUGUUGAAAAUGUCUGGACCACAUGUCGUGCAAAUAAACAGAAGCGUCACCUGUUGGAGGCCCUCUGGCUGAGCUGUGGAGGUGCCGGGAUGAAAGUCUGGCUCCCUCUCUUCCCCAGGGAUCACCGCAAGCCCCAUUCCUUCUUGUCCCAACGGAUCAUGCUGCCUUUCCACAUAAAUAUCUACCCCCUGGCUGUUCUGUUUGAAGAUGCAUUAGUCCUUGGUGCUGUCAACGACACUCUGCUCUACGAUUCUCUGUAUUCUCGGAACAGUGCUAGGGAACAGCUGGAGGUGCUCUUCCCUUUCUGUGUCGUGGAGAGAACCUCUCAGAUCUACCUCCAUCACAUUUUGCGUCAGCUGCUGGUGAGGAACCUCGGGGAGCAAGCUCUGCUCUUAGCCCAGUCCUGUGCCGCGCUGCCUUACUUUCCCCACGUACUGGAGCUCAUGCUGCAUGAAGUGCUGGAAGAAGAAGCUACCUCACGGGAGCCCAUUCCCGACCCUCUGCUUCCCACGGUGGCGAAAUUUAUCACCGAGUUCCCCCUUUUCCUGCAGACAGUUGUUCACUGUGCCAGGAAGACUGAGUAUGCCCUGUGGAACUACCUUUUUGCAGCUGUUGGAAACCCCAAGGACUUGUUUGAGGAAUGUUUGAUGGCUCAGGAUUUAGAUACUGCUGCGUCUUACCUUAUUAUCUUACAGAACAUGGAAGUCCCAGCAGUAAGUAGGCAACAUGCCACCCUUCUUUUCAACACAGCCCUGGAACAAGGCAAGUGGGACCUGUGUCGACACAUGAUUCGAUUUCUGAAAGCCAUUGGCUCUGGAGAAUCUGAGACGCCCCCAUCCACACCUACAGCUCAGGAACCUAGUUCAAGUGGUGGUGGAUUUGAGUUCUUCAGGAAUCGAAGCAUCAGUUUAUCCCAGUCAGCUGACAGUGUUCCUGCUAGUAAAUUCAGCUUACAGAAAACACUAAGUAUGCCAUCCGGUCCUUCUGGAAAAAGAUGGAGCAAAGACAGUGACUGUGCUGAGAACAUGUAUAUUGAUAUGAUGCUCUGGAGACACGCUCGGCGUCUCUUAGAAGAAGUUCGGCUAAAGGAUCUCGGCUGCUUUGCAGCCCAGCUGGGCUUUGAACUCAUUAGUUGGCUGUGCAAGGAGCGUACCCGUGCUGCCCGAGUAGACAACUUUGUGUUGGCCCUGAAGAGGCUCCACAAAGAUUUCCUUUGGCCACUUCCCAUCAUCCCAGCUUCUUCUGUCAGUUCUCCUUUCAAAAAUGGAAAAUACCGAACAGUGGGAGAGCAGCUGUUAAAGUCACAGUCAACUGACCCAUUUUUAAACCUCGAGAUAGAUGCUGGCAUCUCUAAUAUCCAACGAAGUCAGAGCUGGCUCGGCAACAUUGGUCCUGCUCAUCAAGAAAUAGACACAGCCUCAUCUCACGGGCCACAGAUGCAAGAUGCCUUCCUGUCACCUUUAUCUAAUAAAGGUGAUGAAUGCAGUAUUGGUUCAGCCACGGACUUGACUGAAAGUAGCUCCAUGGUGGAUGGAGACUGGACAAUGGUGGAUGAAAAUUUCUCCACACUCAGUCUAACCCAGUCAGAGCUGGAGCAUAUCUCCAUGGAGUUGGCGAGUAAAGGGCCUCACAAAUCCCAGGUCCAGCUUCGGUAUUUGCUGCACAUCUUCAUGGAGGCAGGAUGUCUGGACUGGUGCAUUGUUAUAGGCCUGAUUCUUAGAGAAUCCUCAAUCAUCAACCAGAUUUUGGUUAUUAUACAGUCUUCAGAGGUAGAUGGAGAGAUGUUACAGAACAUAAAGACGGGGCUGCAUGCUGUGGACCGAUGGGCCUCCACAGAUUGUCCUGGAUAUAAGCCAUUUUUAAACAUCAUUAAGCCACACCUGCAGAAGCUUAGUGAGAUCACAGAAGAGCAGGUCCAGCCUGAAGCCUUCCAGCCGAUGACUGUGGGUAAGACUCCUGAACAGACCAGCCCCCGGGCAGAGGAGAACAGGGGCUCCUCGGGCCAUGGGGGCAUCCCCCAGGGCGAGGUCGCAGAUGGCAGUCUGGUCAGCCGGAAAGAGGAGGCCACGGCGCGAGCAGAGGAGGAGGAAGCUUUUCAAGAUGGGACUUAUGACUGUUCUGUGUCGUAACAACAGUGAGUACCAUCUCCAUGGGCAGUAUUAACUAGCAUCAGCGUGCAACUGAGGACACUGUGACCUAGUUGGAAAAUUUAACCAGGGGGAGAACACAGCUCAGAGACUCUGGUAAGGUAUUAUUAAAUUUUAACUUUUUCUUCUACGAAAUCUUGAGUCCAUAAAAAAUGUGAUAUCAAAAAAAAAAGAUCUUUCAUAAAAGUUUUUUUUUAAGCUGCAGUGGAAAGUUGUACAGAAUAUUGUACAGAUGUACAUGCGAACAUUUUGGUUUUCUUAAAGACUGGUAGCUCUUAAACCACAGGGAUCGUAUUGCCCCAGAUGAGCUUACUUUUUCACUACUUAAAGCUUCCUUUGUUUUCCUGGUUCAGCGUGUGUUCUGGACUGCUUUUUAAAAAUAAAUGCUAAGGUGCUUGCUGUAGCUCAUCAAGUGCUUGAGCUACCUGUAUGCCCCCUGGAUCAAGAGCACUGGACCUCCCUAGUUGGGCCUCUGAAUAGAUUCCUGCCCUGGUAUAACAGGCACCUGUAACAUGCUUCUCUUCUGGCCUGUUAAUCCUGGUCCUCAAUCGAUGGAAGCUGUUUACCUGUGUCAGUGUGCCUGCUUUUUGUCUAGCUUGGUUCCUGCUAGGUGAGUGUAGGCAGAGGCCUGAGGAGUUCUUACCAAUUAUGCUAUUAGAUACCACUAAACUAUUUUGUAUCAAAGAAUCGUAUCUUUUUGUGAAUAAUUUUGUGUAAAUAUACUCAAAGGCACUGUUCCUAUUUUUAGGGCUUGUACUAUAAUUUGUAAGGUUUUAUGCUGGAUUCUGCAUGGCUAUAGAUACUCACUCUUAGAACAAAGACAGGGCUUGCUCUUCUUUCCAGAUACAAGCACUCUUCAUAAAGGAAGACAGAU